CUGGGUAUGGUCCUCAUUCUUUCUUUCUUUGUUGGGUGUUCUUCAUUCAUCAGAACAUAAACGAUCUUCUCCUUUUUUUUUUAGUGCAAAAGUGUUGUUAGUCCAUUAACACUGUAACUGAUGAUAUUCUUCUAAAUCUUCAAAAUCAUGGCCUUGACAAAAGCCCAAUCUUUCUGCAAACCCCAAUUUCUCAUUUCCCUUGUCAUUCCUCUCUCUCUUCAUUCUUAUGUUCAACAGUUCUCCACAAAACCCUCUUCUCUCACUUUUCCUUCUUCUCUCAUUAAUGAUGGAACGGCCUUACCUUCUUCUACUUCUUCUUUCAUGGUUAAUCUGUUUGUGGACUCUUUUGGGUUCUCAAAGCAAGGAGCCAUUGCUGCAUCUUCCCAGCUUCUCCAUGUCAAAACCCCUGAGAAAGCUCUCUCGGUACUAAACUUCCUCAAAGCCAAAGGUUUUGAAGCAAUCCAUAUCCAUACAAUUAUCAGCAAGUGCCCCCAUAUUCUUGCAGCCAAUGUCGAGAAAAACCUAGAACCCAAAUUCAAAUUGUUUGAAGAUUUGGGCCUUUCUAAAUUCGAUCUUGGGGCCGUCAUCUCUGCAUAUCCAACCAUUGUUAUGUAUAGCUUAAACAAAAGACUUCUCCCUAACGUUCUCUUCCUUAAAAACUACUUGGAUCCCAAAGGUUUCUUGAAGUUUCUCAAAGGUCAAGGUCGUCGUACGUUGGUGUCCAAGAGAUUGCAGGCCAAUGUUAGGUUCAUGGAGAGCCAGGGAAUUGGCGGCUCGAAGUUGAGAGCACUCUUAUUGAAAAGGACACACUUAUUUGAAGUGAAGUCCAUUAGGCUUAUAGAAAUCACAGAGAAAGUUAAGGAAUUGGGUAUUGAAUCUCACUUUAAAAUGUACUCUCAUGCUGUUGGGUUCAUGAGUUCCAUGAGCAAGGAGACAUGGCAGAGGAAAUUUACGUUCUUUAAGAGCUUUGGGUGGUCAGAAGAAGACAUUCGCACCGCUUUCCAAAAGAUGCCUGUAAUCUUUUGUUUUUCAGAACAGAAGUUGCAAAAGACUAUGGAUUAUUUCAUCAACGAACUUAAAUAUGAUGAGAAAUAUCUGUUUUUUCAUCCACGUAUAUUCUGUUUCAAUUUAGAGAGAAGGUUGAUCCCAAGGAUUAAUCUAUUGAAAGUGUUGAGGUCAAGAAAGUUGCUGGAAAAGGAUGCGAGUUUAUUGACAAUUUGUGUUUUAACGGAGAAGGCGUUCUUGGAGAGAUAUGUGUUAAGUUUUGGAGAAGAGGCAGAAAAUUUGCUCAAUAUUCAUAAGGGAAACAAAGAAAACUCAAGAAAUUGAUGCUGAGUCUAUGGUCUAAAACAGGCUUAAUAGCCAUUAAAAUCUGAAUUCCAUGACUCUUGUUUUGUUAUAUGUCUGAAAAAGAAGAACUGAAUGUCAAAACUUUCUAUGUUGUGAUCCUUGUGAUUUUGCCUUGCUUCUCUUUGUUCUGCAUUGUAUAAUAUAGGUUACAAGAGCAGAAAAGCUUGCUAACCUCUACACAGAUGCAAAAUUAGAUGGUGAUAAUUUUGGGUUUA